CGCCCCCGCGGCCGCUCUCAGGCGCUAUAAGACGGCGGCUGCGGCGAGCCCAGCGCGGAACCUGGAGCGCGAUGGUCGGCCGCCGCGGCGCAGCAAGAUGCUGGAUGGGUUUCUGCCGGCGCGCUGGCUUGCCGCGGCCCUCGGGCUGACGCUGCUGCUCGCCGCGCCGCGCCCUUCGGUCGCCUACUUCGGGCUGACAGGCAGCGAGCCCCUGACCAUCCUCCCACUGACCCUGGAGCCUGAGGCAGCAGCUCAGGCUCACUUCAAGGCCUGUGACCGGCUGAAGCUGGAGCGCAAGCAAAGGCGCAUGUGCCGCAGGGACCCGGGUGUGGCCGAGACACUGGUGGAGGCCGUGAGCAUGAGCGCACUUGAGUGCCAGUACCAGUUCCGCUUCGAGCGCUGGAACUGCACGCUGGAGGGCCGCUACCGUGCCAGCCUGCUCAAGCGAGGCUUCAAGGAAACUGCCUUCCUCUACGCCAUCUCCUCAGCUGGCCUGACGCACGCACUGGCCAAGGCCUGCAGUGCCGGGCGCAUGGAGCGCUGUACGUGCGACGAGGCGCCUGACCUGGAGAACCGCGAAGCCUGGCAGUGGGGUGGCUGUGGGGACAACCUCAAGUACAGCAGCAAGUUUGUCAAGGAGUUUCUGGGCCGACGAUCAAGCAAGGACCUGCGGGCCCGCGUGGACUUUCACAACAACCUCGUGGGUGUGAAGGUGAUCAAGGCUGGAGUGGAGACGACCUGCAAAUGCCACGGUGUGUCAGGCUCCUGCACCGUGCGGACCUGCUGGCGGCAGCUGGCACCUUUUCAUGAGGUGGGCAAGCACCUGAAGCACAAGUACGAGACAGCACUCAAGGUGGGCAGCACCACUAACGAGGCCACUGGUGAGGCAGGUGCCAUUUCCUCACCCCGGGGCCGGGCCUCAGGGAUGGGCAGUGACCCACUGCCCCGAACACCAGAGCUGGUACACCUGGACGACUCGCCCAGCUUCUGCCUGGCUGGCCGCUUCUCCCCAGGCACAGCUGGCCGCCGUUGCCACCGUGAGAAGAACUGUGAGAGCAUCUGCUGCGGGCGUGGCCACAACACGCAGAGCCGGGUGGUGACCAGGCCCUGCCAGUGCCAGGUGCGCUGGUGCUGCUACGUGGAGUGCCGGCAGUGCACCCAGCGAGAGGAGGUCUACACCUGCAAGGGCUGAGCCUGCUGCAAUCAGUCCUGUUCUGUGGGGUGCAGGCACCCCACACAGUAUGAGGGUAUCACUCCUACCAGGGCUGAGCCCCCAGGCUCUGCCAGCCCUGCUGUGGGGUGUCUUAUGUUGCACACAUUGCAAGGGUCUACACCUGGAAAGGCCAGCAUGCAUGGCGUGGGUGUCUACAACUGCUGGGACUUAGGUGCCGUCAGCUUGCUGUGACCCAGUACUGGUGCAGUAGCCCCAUCUGGGCCCCACACCCUCAUCACCCUGGGCCUCAGCUUCCUCCCGACACGAGAGCAUCAUCAUAGUGCUUUCUGAGUUGUCUCUGUCCCCGACAUGCCCGUUACCGGGCCAGAGCACCUUUGUGACCAUGUGGCUGCCUGUCAGAGCAGCCUGGCCUGGCACCGACACCAGCACUGUGUUCAGAGAGCCAAACCACUAGGAGUGAAUGCUGGCUGCCUGUGUCCAGCCCUGCCACCCAGGGGCCAAGCCCAGGGGCCACACUCGGGGGGGGGGGGUUCUGUUGUCCCUCACUGAGGUUGAGCACUUCUUUUUGGAGUGAAAUCAUUGACUUUUAAAUUAUUAUUAUUUAACAUAAUAAUUAUUAUUUCCUCUGACCCUGCCACCACCAUGCUCUUGGGUACCUUGAGCCGUCUGAGAGGCUGCUCCUCCCUGUCCCCCCCCUCCCCCCACUGUCUGCCCUGUCUUUGAAACCACUAUUCCAGAGGGUUCUGGAUGCUGUCAUUGAAUGAAGAGACCCUGGCCGCACCUUCUGGGCUCCAGAAGCAGCCAUGCAACAGCACAGCCAGCUGGGGGCCCCUGCUCUGCAGCAGGGUGGGGGGCCCAGGGCUAGGGUGGUAUGGGUAGCAGGGUGAAGGGACAGUGACCCACUUGUGCCUGCCUUGGGGAGCAUGUGGGGGCAGGUGUAGUCACCUAGCUUUGGCCACAGGCUGCCCUUCUUUUCCAGUGCUGUCUUUACAGGGGAAGCGACCAAUGCCAAAGGGGUUGGUUCGGGAGUGUGUGUGUGUGUGUGUGUGUGUGUGUGUGUGUGUGUGUGUGUAUGCUCAGCUGGCAUGGGCAGCUAGCUCCCUGUGGUAGCCCUGGGUUUUCUGGGUGGUGUCCCACAGGUGUGGCUGGGGUCCAAGCGGGUGGCGGGGUGGACACAGACUACUGAGUGAGGAGCGGCUUCCUUGGGGGGCUGAGGUCCAGGAAGCUGGUGAAGUUCUAAGGAAAGCCUCUUUCUGGGAACAUGGGUCUCUGGCCCCUCCUGCAUGGAACGUGUGACAAAGUGAACUCUAGUUGAUGACAGCCUGGCCCAGCUUCAGGAACAAACGUGGCAGAAUCAUGCUGGCAUGGUCUGGCUGGGGGAUGGGGGCUGCCGGCAAGGGUCCCCAUGCCCUUCUGUCCAUGCCUGUGAGCCUCGAAGUAGACCUGCCAGGAGCCCUGGUAGCUGAGCUCAGCAUCAUCAGGUGUGUGGCACAGCUCUGCCAGGUUGGGAAGGGCAUUUUUAUCAGAUACCACAUUUAGCUCUGUGUCCUCAAUCUUCAGGAAGUACUCAGUACUUUUUGAACAGGUGGAUCCCACACAUCCCCUGGCUGUUUCUAUGCAAGUGUGUGCUGGAAUGUCUUGCGAACUGCCGCAGCUGCUCUUCAGGGGGCAGGAUGAGGGAAGGGAGGUCCCCUCCCGGCCCGCGUGGACCUGGACCCAGGCUGGCUAAGGCCAGGUGGUGCCAGGGCACACAGGACUGUCCUUGUGCUGAGUCUGCGCGAGCCUGUCGAUUUCUCUACCUCAUCUGUGUAGUAAGUAGGUGUGUAUCUGAGUGACUGUGGAGAAUGUAUUUAUUUAACAGCUUUGUAUAACAGAACCAGAAACAAUGGAAACACUAAAUAAAUGUAUUUUAAAUUAUAGCCAAA